GCGUAGCAUAACAGCUAGACAGUCCUUAGCAACGCAUUCAAGAGAGUAAACCAUCUGAGAAGAAACUAAGCGACGCGUAAAACUUUCAACGCUGAAGUGGAAAAAGAAAAACUUUGUUUUUAAAGCGUGUGAAAAUUAUUAAAGUGAAGUGAAAAUACAGAAUGUACUUCAUUAAAAUACCUUUGAAAUCCCAAUUAAUUUUGGUUUCCUAGUGAUUGUUGGAGUGAUUGUAUGCGAAUAUCAUUACACCAAGUCAAUUUUUUUAUACAUACCUAUGUAUGUACAUAUGUCUGCCCUGCAGCUCUUGUAAAUGUGAAAAUUGGUAAAAUACAAAUGGACUUUUGGUUAUGCAACUGACAAGUCAAAGAGUAAUUGACAUUCCGCAAACAAGUUGUUUCGACUAUUCAUGUAGAUAUGUAUGUAGGGGUGUAUGAGUAUCUGUGUGAACGGUGAAAGUGUUGCGGCGAUCUUAUGCAGUUAGACACUUAGGGCAACAUUCUUUGUAUUUUGCUAGUUCGAUAUCAGAAAGAACUUUGUAGGAUGGCACCUUUUAAACUGAAAUUCCGAAUGGGCAGCUCGCGCAGUACAUCUCAAGAGCACGAUUCAGAUCCGCAGGUAAACGAAGCGCUACUCAAUCAUCAUCAGCAUCAUUCGACAGCCAUAGGUGCCAGUAGUUCCACCAUCGAUUCAACUGACUGUACCAGUCUCGGUUCCAUGGGCACCAACGAGCGUAAAUCCUUACUGCCCAACAAAGGCAACAAUAUGCGACUAGGUUAUAUCGACCACAGGUUCACAACAAGUAACGGCGAUCCAUCAACGGAGUUCAGUGCUGUCCCGACAACUCCUCCAUCUACUUACGACCAUAUGCUAGAAGAGCUGAACGUUGUCUCCCAUGAUGAGAGCGCAAUCAACGGCCGCCGUGAUUCCGUGAAUAAUCCCAGUAACAGCUUUAUUUUGACGUCAUUAGAACACCUCGAACUAAGUGAGGAAGUCACCAUUGAGUGCACAGACCCUAAUUGCCAAGAUAACUAUUUGUGCAACGAGCAACUUUUGCAACAACGACAACAGAACGAGGCAUCCUUAAACGAAUUCAAUAAUUUUCAAGAGUUCGUUGAGCAUUCUCGAAUAAUAAACCAAAAUCUUCGUAACAACGAGGUCAACAACUCUGAAUGUGAGGACGAGUGCGAAGACGAUAAUCGUAAAGAGUCGAUUGAUUCCACAGAACUCUUGCUAUCUAAGAAAAUGACAACAUCAACGACAUCAGCAUCAACCGCACACGAAACGACAAACCUAAUGGAGAACUGUAGAGGUGAUUGUGCGCAAUGCGAAUCUGGUCAUUAUAAUGAAGAAUGCAACGCUGAAUGCAACACUAUUGGCAAUGGCAGUACCAAUCGUGGAGGGAAUGACUUUUUCGAUCCGCUAAUCAAUCAUGGUGGAUACUGUAGUGGCGAAUCGCAUUACAACCAGGAGAAUGGCCAUAACCAGCUGCAGGAUGAAUGCCAGGGCAGUCAAUAUGACAGCGAUAUGGAUGGCAAUGGCGGUUGGAGCCAGCAUCCGCAACUGUCGAAUAGUCACAAUCAUGAACAUCAGCUACAACAACAACAGCAAUCACAAAAUUACGAAUACGAGUACAGCAGCCAACAGCCAACGGGGGAACGCUCUGUCACUCCGGAAAUCAUAAGCAACAAAUCGUCAAAGGAAAUAUACAAAGAUCUAGCCAAGCAGUGGGGCAUUACGUGUAAGAUGUCAGACACAUGUCGCUGCAUGGAGUGUCAAGGUCAUUAUUUCGACUGUGAAUACGACGACAAUGAGCACCAGAAAACAGAUGGCGGACUGGGUGCGGGCACACCGAUGUUUAUCAGUGAAGUAAUGCACGGUUCCGCUUGCAACAUCCUCUAAACGCGAAAUUUUAGGCGAGUAGAUACUAUGAAGGUUACGAAUUGAAUGUGAGGUCUUAACAUAUUUAGACAUACAUAUGUUUCUAGUUCAUUGGAAAACGGCAGUGGAGUCGUUGGAAGCGUCUUCAUAUGUAUAGCUAAUUAGUUAAAUAAUGAAUAAUGUGAAUGCAACAUUAUUUGCUUUAAGGCUCUUACAGCUGUUUAGGCACAUACACGCAUACACACAAAUAAACGAAACGAAGAUGCAUUGAAUAUUCAAAACUAAAUGUUGUAGUUGAAACAUUGUCGCACAGUUUCCUUGAAACAAAAAAAAAUGCACUGAUAAAAAAUUAUAUAAAGAACCAAUUUCGUAGAAGUACAUAUGUUAAAGCAGAUUUAGGAGAAAACUUG